UUCUCUAAUGAGACGUUGCAGUGUCCCUCCUCAGUGGCAAGUCUGUGGGCUAGCCUGAAAAAUUGAGGAAAGUUUUUGGAUCACGGGGGUUUUGUACAGCUGGCAGACCCUCCUCAUUGUCAGGAAGUUAUCAGUUCUCUGUCCAGCUGUGGUUUGCUCAGUCAGAAAGUUAAUGACGGUUGCUGACGGUGACACAUCUGCGCUCAUCAUGCCUGUCCGAGCAGAGUGCUGCAGUGCCACUGGCCCGGCCUGCCCAUCCUCGGCCUCGCUUGUUCCCCCUGCCCCGAUCAACACCAACCAGCCGGGGGUGGCCACGUCGCUGCUGUACAGCGGCUCACAGUUUCGUGGUUAUCAGAAGAGCAAAGGCAACUCUUACGACGUUGAAGUUGUUUUGCAGCAUGUGACUGCGGAGGACUCAUAUUUGUGUGGAUACCUGAAGAUCAAAGGCCUUACUGAGGUAAUAUCCACUCUCACAACGUUCUUUGCUGGAGAAAUUAUCAGUCAAAAAAGGCCUUUUUUAACAAGGAAGUGGGACGCAGAUGAAGAUGUGGACAGAAAGCACUGGGGCAAGUUUAAGCCUUUUUACAAAUAUGCCAAAAACUUCAACUCGGAUGACUUUGACUAUGAAGCGCUGGACAACAGUGAUUAUGUCUUUAUGAGGUGGAAGGAGCAGUUUCUAGUUCCAGACCACACUAUCAAAGACAUUAGCGGUGCCUCCUUCGCUGGCUUCUAUUACAUCUGCUUCCAGAAGUCCACAGCCACUAUCGAGGGGUACUAUUACCAUAGGAGCUCAGAAUGGUACCAGUCUCUAAACCUAAACCAUGUUCGAGAGCACAGUGUGCCCAUUUAUGAAUUUCGGUGACAAACAGACACGCACACGAGGAUUGAGUCAAGGGAGGGGACUGUCCAUACUGCCCUGCGGUUAAAUAGGACGGGAACGACAGAAAGAGCCCUUUAGUGCCAAGACUGGAGCUGGACCAGUUUUCCUCGCUGCAGGGAAAUAAACAUGUGGUCAGACACUCUUCUGGAGGACCGAAAGAGAAAGAAGGCAUGGAGACAGAAGGAGAGUUGAAAGGAAGACAAAUGAUCAACGACAGAUGGGCAGUUCUUACAGUUACUGCAGGACUGAUGUUUGCCUCGGAUUUCAUUUUUUAUUUUAAUUUGUUGGGUUAUUUUUGGUGUAAUUUCUUUGUGCUCCCAUACGAUCUGUCUUCAUGUAGUUGGGGGACAUCAAAAUAGAUUUCUGUUUUGCCUUAGUGGAGACAUGAAACAUAAUUGCUUUUAAGUUAAGUGCUUCAAAAGAAAAGGGGUUUG